AUGGCAGUUGGAGUGUAUGAGGCUGUUAGAGAACUUAAUCUUGUCAAUGAUGUUAUCAUUGCAACCUUUAUUAUGAUGUCCAUUCCAAGGAUAUUGUGGCCUAUGGGACAUUUAGAGAAACUACGAGGUUUUUCUUAUCAUAGCCAUGUCCAACGUGAAGUGAACUAUGUUGCCACAAUAAACAAAGCUUGGUAUGAAGCUCUUGAUUUUGCUCACAAGGGACUUGCAGGUGCUUGUCGUCAAAUGCACUUCGUCCAUCUUGAAGUCAAUGUAACUGCACCUAAAUUACCAAUGCUUUCGUUGGUGAGAUUUCUUGCCUUGAACUUUGAGGACAAGUCUACCUUUGUUUUGUUUCCCCUGUCGAUCCCCACGAAAUUGAAAUACCUUCAUUCCUACUGGAAUGCAGAAGUCGAAAUUCAAAAAAUAACAAGUAUGAAUAACCAUAUUCCUUGUAAUUUACCCACAUUAGACAUUCAAUUUCAGUUUGAUACAUUGUUUCCUGGACGAUCAGUUGAACAAGAGGCCAAAGCUCAUAGCAAAUCACUCCAUCUCAAACUUUUCCAUUCUAUUACAUACAUGUCAUACAAAUGGGGUGAAGCAUUUGAUAAGAAUUAUCGUCGUUUUUUCAUUCACAAUAUGAUUGAAGAAGUUUAUAAAAUUAUUCAUGAUGAGUGUAACAAGGGUCGUCAACGCUUGAAUGUGAGCAUUCGUAUGAUUUUAGUCGUGCCAGACAUGUUGCAGCUGUUACAGAAGAUGGAGAAUGAUGAAAAUAAUGCUAUGAAUCAUCAUGACUCAUGUGUCAUUUGUCUUGAAAAGCUUGGAAAGGAGAAAGAGAGGAUGUGCAUGCCGUGCUCACAUAUUUUUCAUAAAGAUUGCAUUACAACUUGGCUACAGAAUGGACAUUCUUGCCCUGUUUCCCGUUAUGAUCUCCGAGUCACAUAG